UUUACAUAAAAUACGUGAUUUAUCACACGUUUAUUUUAUUAAUAAAUUACUUCUUAAAACAUGUCAAGAAAGAGUUGAAAACUGAAAAAUGGAUGGAGUACGAAUAAGUGUGUUUGCUCCUUAAAGGCUGGACAAACUAACCGCUUGUGUUUGGUGUACAAGUCCUUAGUAAGUCCAAUUUUAACACAAUUUGUGGAAAACGCAACAUCCUAUAACUUACUAAAAAAAAGACCAAACCUGGACUGUAUUUUAAUGAAGGCAAGUUAUUGCAACCGGAAGUCAGUCAGUGCUGCGCUUAUCUGAGAGCUAGAGACCUUCAGUGUUUGGGAUCAGAGCUGCUGGGCGGAUCGCGUACACUGAGCGCAGCAGAUGAAUAAAUCACUCUGAUGUGGAGUUAAAAAAACACAAUCCUAGUGCAGAGCGGGUCAAAGAGACCAUGACCAAGGACGGUGACAGGAGCGCAAAGUCUGCGCUCGGCAGCCAGACGCAAUCCAAGACGCACAAGCAGAUCUCGGUUCAGAGAAAGAAGAGGAACGAGCCGUCAUCCAAAGAUGCAGAAAGAUGCUCUUCUGUGAAGACAAAUCAGCGGGAGGCUUCAGUGGUCACGGGAGCAGCGGGAAUCGAGGGGAAAGUAGUUUCUCCAAAUGUCGGAGCCUGCGCGCAGAGAAAGCUGUCUGACGCCAGCAACGCCUCCGAGGACUUGAGCAAGGACUCCGGCUGCGCGUCUGGGAAAGUUUCCUCCUCGGACAGCAGCUCGGAGAUCUCUGACUGCACUUCGGAGGAUAACAAGCGCGCCUCACCGACCAGCGAUAACGACUUAAGCUGGAUCGACGGCGGGGCUUAUGAGACUCCGAGAACACGCCACGACAAACCACGCGCGCCGGGAGGAGUCUGCGCGCUCCGGCGGGAUGCAGCUGGAGGAGACCUCCGCUUGGUCACCUCCGCGGGGGCGAUCAUGGAUCUCAUGAUGGGGGAAACCACCGACCACCUCAUGAGGGAGGUGGAAGACUUGAGGUCGGAGAAUGAGUAUUUGAAAGAUGAGGUGGAGGAGCUUCGUUGUGAGAUGUUGGAGAUGCGAGACAUGUUCCAGGAGGAGGAGGUGUACCAGCUGCAGGAACUGAAGCUGCAGCUGGAGCAGGCCAACAAGACCUGUCGCAUCCUCCAGUACCGCCUCCGCAAAGCCGAGCGCCGCAGCAUCCGGGUGGCUCAGACUGGGCUGGUGGACGGGGAGCUGGUCAGGAGCCUGGAGCACGACAUAAAAGUUGCAAAGAGUGUGUCCUUCCGAUUGUACAACGAGCUGGAGGUGGUGCAGAAGAAAAAUGCUCAGCUGGAGUGGGAGAAUGAGGCACUGAGGGAGAGGACGCAGGAGCUGGAGGUGGCUAAUCAGGUCCUCCAAUCUGAGGUGGAGAAAGCCAGAGAGAUCUCUUUGAAGAAGAGGAGUGUGAAAUCACCAGGCACGAAAGCAGAAAGGAGGCUUUCUCAGCAGAUGGAGGAGGACAGCGCUGAUCUGAAGUGCCAGCUCCAUUUUGCCAAAGAGGAGUUGGCUCUCAUGUGCAAGAAGCUCACCAAGCUGGUGUCUGAGAGCGAGGCCAUGCGGGAGGAGCUGGCCAAAUACCAAACGGGGUUCAGCGGCGCCGAAGCGGCCCAGUCGCCUGAAGGCAGACAAAACUGCGCCUUAGCCCGGGAGGCAGAGGUCAAAGUUCACCUAAAGCUUGUGGAGGAGGAGGCCAUGCUUUUGAGCCGGCGCAUCGUUGAGCUAGAGGUGGAGAACCGAGGGCUGCGAGCUGAAAUGAGUAACCUCAGAGAGAAAGUAGAUGGAGGAGGAGGGGAGGAGGAAGAUGCUUUAGUGGAAAACCGGUCAGUGAAUGUGCAGCAGAAGGAUGUAGAGGGUAGUACGUGUGAGUCAGAAGAAGGAAAAGGGGGUCAGGCGCCCGCCGUCAGUCAUGUGACCCGGGACGGUCAUGUAGGUGGCGACUCAGCUAACAGUCAGGAAAGUGAAAAGAACAAGAACAUUAAGGAAAAGCUGAAAAGGAUGACAGUAAAGGAUUAUGAGACUUUGGUCGCUCUCAGAGAUCACUCCUGCAUUUUGACUUCAGUCAUUCAGCUCCUGAAGACUCCUCUAAGAAAUGGCCACAGCUCGCCUCCCUCCUGUGCUCCCACUUCUCCGCUGGACCUGAGCUCGAACGGCAAGUUUCAUGGCCCUUUGAAUGAAGCUUUGGAGCUGCUGCAGACCAUGCUGGUGGCUUUUACCAGAAGGAUGAAGAGGCUUCUGGGAGAACAAGAGGAAUGCAAAAGCUCUGCUCACAAGGAUGGAGGUGCCGGCAAUUCCGCUGUUUUCUCCGAUGCAGAAAGCAUCAAAGAGUCACAGAUGAAACAUGAGAGCAUGGAGCUGUGUACUGCAGAGGGAGAGCAAAACGCAAAGCAGGAGGAAGAAACAGACAUGGAAAGCUGCGGGGAUCCAACGAUGCGACAGUCGCUGCAGAUCCUCUGGAUCCUCCAUCAGUGGUGGAACUUUAAAGGGCUCGGUCUGGAGGGAAAGGAGGGUAGAGACAAAGCGCUGCCAGUGCUUCUCGGGCUGCUGCAAGACCUCAGUGCUGAGCUUCAAGACAGCAGCAAGGCUGCAGUGACUCCAGGGCAGAAAGCUGAGCGCUCCAUCUCUAAUGUUUUUCAUGAUGGGGGACUCACAGAACUUCACAGAAACCGCAGCUCAAAAGGUGAACAACCAAAACGGCUGUUUCCUCCACACGGCUCCAGGAGGAAGAACUGGUGCUAUUUGAACCAGGAGGCUGCUCAGGUGGAUAGAGAAGACCCCGUGAAGACCUGGGACCAUCUCAUCAUGCCGCUCAGCUUCCCUGAUCUUAACCUUCAGCAGGCGUCUGCGAGGAGAAGCAACACAGCUCCGGAGAAGUCCGGCGUCCGCAUUUACUACAGCCCCCCCUCUGCCCGGAGAGUCCAGCUGGCUCAGCUGAAGAGCCAGAGUGCAGGAAGAGGAUCGGGGGACACCUCCUCUCCUUGGUUCACGCCGCCCACCUCCAUGACUCAGAUCUGUCUGGGCUCCUCUGCAAACCUGAGCGACGACAUGAAGGAGAUGACGGCCGGCUGGAGGCAGGCGGUGCGAGGCGGCUCCCAGAGAAGAGGAAGGGCGGUGGGCCGCUGCGUGGAUGUGGCCUGCUCUGGUACCCAGACCCAAACGGAGCCACAGAUGGUCAGUGUCGGUCAACAAACAGAUGGGACUCCGGGGUCUGUGGUGAGGAGCAGCCCCUCCAGAGUCCCAGGAUCCUCGCUGCUCUCAGCCCGCCCUCAGAACAUCUCCGCCUCUCUGGAUGGGAUAGCAGGCCGGGUGGAGAGGUCCAGAACCUCCUCUCCUAAACUUUACCGUAGACAUUCCUCCCUGCCCCUCUCCACCAGCCUAACCUCCUCCACCCCCAAAGAUCAAACUCUGUGGAGUUUGUCGCGCCAAAACCACUCUGGCCUGAGAUCCGGCCCAGGGCAGAACAGCAGCACCAAGCCACCCAGCAGGUCUGCAGGCGCCAACCGGUGUGGCCUGGUAACAGAGUUCCUGCGCAGAGUGAGCGGCCGGGCGGACAAAACGGCAUCAGAGUCAGGGCAGAAGGGCAAGGGCGGCGCCAAAAACCUGGAGCGCGUUCCGCCGAAACCUCAUGCUGCAGCGUUGCACAGGAACGACAGCGUGACCAGGAUAGUAAACCAGAGGUUCAUGAAGCAGAGAGAAGAGACCAGCAGGGCUCAGGGAGAGGACAAGGGCAGCGGGCCGAGCCACAGAACCAGACAGAGCAGCAGCACCGUCACUACAGAGGAUUUUACGUUUUUAUGUGUGUUGAAUCCUCCCAAAGUUUCAAGAAACGUCCUGGCAAAAUAAAGGUAAAAUAAAAGAAAAAAGUAUUUUGUCCUCUCAAACAAUAACUUGUUUGUUAAGAAGGCCUCCAUUUGGGUUUAAAAAAAAUUUUUUAGCCUCAAGAUGAUUCAGAUUUAACGUUUUAUUGAGACAUUAGCAAUAUGAAUGCACUCUGCAUCCCAAUCACCUUCAAUUUCUGCAAAACAUUGGAAUUACCAUCCAAAAAGGAAUUUUUUUGUUGUUUCAAAAUGAUUUAUGUUCAAAGUAUCAAAAAAUAUACUUUAUUCAUUAUAACUUGUAUCGUUUUUUCUGUAAUAACAGAUGCCUCAAAUAAAAUUUGAUGUUAAUCUGUCAAAGACACAUUUUACUUUAGAGCAUUGAAAAAGAGGCCUUUUUGUUGAAUUUAUUUAUCCCUUGGGAAUCGAUAAAGUAUCUUUGUCUUUAUCUUAUCUUAGAAAUAAGUCAAAAAUUGUUAUCCCAUUGGUAGAUUUUCUUUAAAAGUCUGCCAGCCGGCUAAAAAAAAUGGUCACUUUUUUAAACUAUUAUUGCUAUUGAAAAGUUUUCUUAAUAAGAUUAUUUUUCUUACAAGAAAGAAAAUAGGACAUGUUUUUCUCGAAAACGAGGGCCUUUUUACUUUCUUAAGAUUCAGUUUUUGCAGUGAGAUUGUUCC